UUCCGCUGCGUGGGUCAUCUGUUCCUUGGGCCGGUCGUCCUGCCGCCCUCGGCGUCUAGCCAAGUUGAAGUGCAACGGGUGCUGGCCCUGCCGGGCAGCCAGGCGCGGCUGCCAUGUGACCUGGGCGGCUCGUUCAGCGCGUCCAGUUUGGAACCGUCGCUCAUAAGCUGGACGCGCGGCCCGUCGGCCACCGCUGAGCCACUCUACAGCGUGGCACGCGCCGAGGGCGUCGCACUGGUGCAGGCCGACCACCGGGUGACGCCGGCCUGGAAGGAGCGCUUCCACUUUUCUGUCUCACGUGGCACACUGUCGCUAGCUGACGUGUCGCCGCGCGAUGCUGGGCUCUACGUGUGCCGCGUCCGUUUCCAGCACACGAUUGAGAGGACGUCGCGCGUGGAGCUCAUCGUGGUCGAGCACCCUGGAACUCCGGUGCUAAAGUUCGACCCAGAGUCACCGGAUGCAGACCGGCUCAGAGAAGGACAGCGACUGCGAGUGCUCUGCGAAGUGGUGGGAGGCAAGCCGCGGCCCAGCCUGCGGUGGAGUCUCUCGCUUUCGGGCGGGUCGCAGCCCACGCCUCUUGAGGCCACGGAAGGCUCGUCAGAUGCCCGGGACGGCGUCACGCGUAGCUGGGCGACGUUGGACAAGCUCCAAAGAUGGCACCACGAGGCCCGGCUCACAUGCCAAGCUUUCAACUCUGAACUUGUGGCGUCUCCCACCUCCUCCCUCCGCCUCCAGCUCGAACUGAAGCCGGCACAAGUGCGCAUCAAAGGAUCGCGCAGCCCGGUUUCGGCUGACGUGGAGGCCGUGAUUGAGUGUGAGACGACGGGUUCCCAGCCUCCAGCCAACAUCAGCUGGCGGCUGGAGGAGACGCCCCUGAGAGAGGCCCAGGUGCUGGCAAGGGGCGCCAACGGCACGGCCAGUUUGCUGCGCUGGACGCCACGGCCACAGGACAACGGCCGCCGGCUCAUCUGCCUAGCCCUGAAUGACCGUUUCCCGGAGGACGGCAUCGACGACGUCUGGUCGCUUGACGUGCACUACAAGCCGAUCGUGGAGCUGCGGCUGGGCCCGGGCCUGGACUCCUCCGGCGUGCAAGAGGGCCACGACGCCUACUUCGAGUGCUCGGUCCGCUCCAACCCGCCGGUGAGCGAAGUUGCCUGGAGCCUGGAUGACCGGCGGCUCAGUGGCGCCCGCCUCAUCGUGAGCAACUUGUCGCUGGCGCUGCGACAGGUGACACGCCACCAGGCGGGCCGCUACCGCUGCACGGCGCAAAACUCGGCCGGACGGACAGUCAGCAACGCCGUCCGGCUGCGCGUCAAGCAUGCUCCCGUGUGCGAGCGUGAGGAGAAUGCUCUGUUCCUGUCGGGCGUGGAACAGGAGGUGGAGCUCGCGUGCACCAUGGUGGCGGAGCCCCAGCAGCUCCUCUUCUCCUGGUCCCUCAACGGCUCCCUGGGAAAGAGGGAGCUCACUGGAUUCCAGAGCCACGGCGCGCGCUCCAGCCUCAAGUUUCGACCCAAGUCUGAAGUUGACUACGGCACCCUCGAGUGCACGGCCCGUAACAGCGUCGGAUCUGCAGUACGGCCGUGCAUCUUUCAUCUCCUGCGACCUCCAGGCAACACGUGGCUGUCACGUAAAUGGUACAACUGCAGCGUAUGGAAUGCUACGUCAUCAGCGGUGCAGGUGGUCUGCCAGAGGGGUCCCGUUCCUUCUGGUGCUGACCCCGGGGCGCUGGUGGACGGAGAUGCAGAAGAAGAGCCACAGCUGACCCUGGAGCUGCGGCGCCCUCUAUCGGGAACAGCAGGAGGCGCUAACACAAGCCGCGCCAGCAGCAGCGCCGCCUGGAGCAGAACCCAGUCGGGUCGGCGCUCCCUCUGGCUGCGCGGCCUGGCACCGGACUCGCCGCUCGAGCUGCUCGUGUUUGCCGACAGCCCCAGAGGGCGCAGCCAGCUCGCCGCACUCAGGGCUCAAACUUUGCCCGAGGCUUCGGCUGCUCCUGGAAGUAGUGGAAGAGCUCAAGAGAGGCGAACAAAGCAUCGUCCCUUGCUGCCCGACGCCAACCAGAACGAGGAGAAGCUUCCGGAUGACGACGACGCCAGCGAGCAGCAAAGGGGCUGCUGUCCGCUGCUCGUGACCCUGGCGUGUGCUCUUUCUGCAGGCCUGCUAGUGAUACUCCCUGCCGCUGUAUUAAUCGGUCUUCGACUAAGGAAGAAAUAUUACCGCGAGACAAAGCAGCCUGUAGCGGUAAGCAGCAGGGUAAGCAGGCCAGGAGAAGCAGGCGGCACUGCCCUCGCCUGCUGCUGUUUACUUCGUCAAGGGCGCAGACGGCGACCACCAGAAAUAUACAGCCUUCAAGAAGUCAAGUGACAAACAGCCGACGAGGGUGAAACCGUGGAGCCGCCUCCUGACGUCGAGCGUCAUUAAUGUGUGUCUGCUAACUGAGCGACGCCUAAGACCAACUAUCUGUGAUGUAACAGUGAUGUGACUGUGGACAUUCUUCAAAAUGAAGCGCGUGCGUGUGACUUCAGCAGUGCAGAAAGUGGGUGCAGACGUCUGCUACAGGUCAAGCGAUUGCCUCUUCUUUCCACAGCACUUCUUCAGACGUCGCGCUUGAACUGUCCUGCAGCUAAUCCAAAACCUUCACAAACCAUUACGCACCAUGGACCGUUGGGCACAACGCCGUUUUAUUCUAAAAUACCUUCUGGGAAAACAGCCUCCCAUCCGGCAUGUCUGAACUUGCUUCGAAAGUGUAGUGUUCGGAGUAGUUGGGAGCUGUUCAUACGUUGCUCUAGAACAAAGUUCGUCUAGUGCGCCAUCAAGAGACCGCAACGGUGCCUGUUUGUUAUUGUGGUGUGGGGUGCAGUCCCGGUCGGCUGGAUUUUGACUUUCCUUCCACUACGACAUUGCUCAUGUCGCUUAUAGGCAAUGCUGGUGCCGUGCGUGUGAGCUCGAGGCUAAGACGCGGCGACCUGUUAAUCGGGUGCCCAGUUUCUGAGCCUGUGCUGUGUUCACUAAUAUGUAUCUGAGAGGCCGAAUGUGCGAGAGGCCUGUUAUAUUUUCGUUGACAUAUUCAGACCUUCAAAGUUGUUAAGUGCGUUGUCACGCGGACAACGCUCAAGUGGAUCCAUUUUGGGGGUGCGCUAGACGUCACAGUGAGCGAGCGAGCGAGUAAGCGAAUUAUUAUGUUAUGGUUGUAACUAAUUAUGUCACUGUGAUCUCAUUGACAUACCAGCUUUUUGAAACAUGUGUGAAGUGUGCAGAAAUAACCGAGUGUGAAAUGAAUUUUGUACAUAGGUGUUGAUUUAUUUAAGGGAUAGCUAGACCGAGUUUGCUUCAUGGUGUAUGUAUGUGACAAAAGCCUGACGUAGGCGGUCUCAUGAGCUUGCGUUAUUUCUUUUCUGUUGUUGGGCAGUGUUACAUACGCUGUUUUGAAGUGCGACUCGAAAUUACUCGUUGGCGGCUGCGCCGCUUAACUAUCGAGUAGAAAUAAAUUUGGUCACGGUAGUUUUAGACAACUGUUCUGAUUGGUUGAAGAGCCGAAUCAUUUAUCUAAGUCUAAAUAAACCUAUCUGUAAAUAAAUACCUAAAUAAAUAAACAAUUCAAGACACAUACAAUAAGUAUUGAAAAACGUCUUUGCAUUUCUCCGAAUUACCAUUAUGGUGGCUGGCUAGCUGAGGGGGCGAGGGGGCGAGGAGGGCGAUGUACUCAUGGUGAAGUGCAGUUUUAAGAAUUAUCCUGAUGGGAACCAAGUUGUUCUCAAUGUCUGCGAGAAAGUACCGAAUAAAAGUUCGAAACAGGUUUAUUGCCCUUUUAACAUUAGCUGAUCGCGUGGCUCGAGCGUACUUUCUGCCAGAAUGGUUCAGUCUAGUCCGUUAUGUCGGUUGCUGUUCGUGUCACACAAAAUGUGAUGUUAAAGCAAAUACGAAACUUUUCCUGAAAUAUGUACGUGACAAUCUGCGGUGUUUCCUUUGUGUGGGUACUGUCUCGUCGGCGGCGGGAACAGUGUUUGUCUCGCGUCACCUUUUAAUUCCCAAAAAGCGCGCCAUGCAGUAUCCGCAGGCUGCAGGCUGUUGCAGUGCCUGCUUUCGGGCACUACGGCGUGAACCAAAACAGGUGCUCCGUGAGGCAUUGCUCUUUUUAGGCAGCGUGUUUUGUCGCUGUGGCAGUCGGGCACUUGACUAGCUUUUUGUGACUUUUCUAGGUGAAAGUUAAACGUUCGAUACCGGUUUUGGUGCCUUAUUUACUUCAGAAUUUCAUGUUUAUUUUAUCGUCGUCAUCACAACAUUGGUGACAGCAUACAAUAAUUGUUCUGGUGGGCAGGAUAUGGCUGGGAGAGUUUGGGCUCAUUGUACUGCAAUAACGGCUGUUCAUAAAUGAGUUUUUUUUUCACGAAGUCCGCUAUCUUAGCAUACAUAUACCAUUGGACCCCAAAAUUACUUCGUCAACGGAGAGCACUAGCGUCGCUCCUUCACAUGGCGGUUGCCGGCGGUCUUACUGGAAUAAGUCCCGAAUGCAAACCCCACCUUUGUGACGUGAUGCACCUCUCCUGGUGCAUUUCGUGCAGCACACAAGUCAGUGACCACCUCUAUUCUUCCUUUUCGCUAAGGCAUGGUCGUGGCGCUGAUUCCACUGCAUGUGAUUUGUUUCCGCAGUAUUGCUUUGGAGUUUGUUCACAUUUUUGAGGCACUUAGACGACAGGCUUUCACAGAUUAGAGCUUGGGUCCGUGGCCUCGUGCGUCUGCUAUUUGCGAGGCCACAAAGACGCUGGUGCGUUUCUUGAAAUGCACCGGCCUGCAUGAUCGCCUGUGACUGCCUCAGCGAUGAACGCUUGUGUGUGUAACAGUGGAAACUGUGAACUUCUCUCUUCCUUCUCCUCUUUCAAUCCCCUUUCCCCUUCCCGAGUGCAGGGUAGCCUGCCGGGCUCAGCCUAGGUAACCUCCUUGCCUUUCCCUUAUGACUUUUCUCUCACUCUCUGUGCACAUUUUACCCGUCUUGCUUAAAAAGCAUUCAAAUGACGUUCUGAUAAACUGACCCGCUUGCAUCUGAAAUAGAUUGGGUUUACAUUACCGGUGAUCGCAAAAAUCAAACUUAUUAGGUUGCCUGGGUCAUGAGUAGGUCCUUGUGUUCUUAUUUACUCAGUUUAUAUUAUUCGGUUGAAUUGGUUGUUUGAUAUGUGUUUAAUUGCAAGAAGUGAAGAAUGGGUCUUUUUGUUGCUGUUUUUCACAUAUUAACUGUUUAGGCACGUUCUUUAAAUGUGCUUCAUUGCCGUAACUU